GUAGUAGUGCAUUAUACUUGCCAACAAACCAUUUAGUCCAAUCUUUUUUAGAUACCAGCUGAAUUUAGUGGAUUGAGAUAAACCAGCUUAAGCACAAGAUUAGCAUUAAAUGAACCCUGAUGAAAUAAACUAGCUAGUGCCCUAAAUAAUUAUCAAAAUUCCCAACCAGAGCGUCCAUCCAUGGAUGGAUUGAAAUAUGUUUCGUUGUUUUUGAUGUUGUUCUUAAAUGGCGGGAGCUUUUCAAUUCUGCUUGUUCAUGGGCAAAAAAUUCGGCCACACCCGCGAGAUGACCAGUCGCACCCAAAACGUGUACAACUUUCCCGCGAUGAUGACCACCGAUAUCAUUUUGCACCGGGUCGCAGUUAUAGCCGACCGGAUUACGCUGUUGCCAGUCUUGAACCGGGUCACAACUUAUACCGGCGCCGAGGGGCCCUCUCAGCAUCCAAGCCAAUGCCGGAUGGCGCCAUGAAUCGUUUGGGAAUCUCCGGUUCCCGUAAAAUCAAGGAAAAAGUCAGUGCCACAACACAGGCCUCCAGCGGCACUGGCGGUCCCGGCCGCGGCGGCGACAACACCCUCGCUAUCGACCCACGUCCCAGCCAAUCUCUGCGCGGCAACUCCUUAUUCUUCCCUUCGGGCCGUGGCACUCUGAGUAUUCUCGUCCGGCGGCCGAAACCGCUGGUGCCAGAUCGGCCAGUGUUUUUCCGGCCUUUUUGGACGGUCCCACGGAACAAUACGGGAAUCAUCAAUCUAACAAAAUCCAGUCCACAAACCGCCACCUCACUCCUAGCGCUUUUCGGCUGGUAGUCGGCUAUGUAUGCCCGGAAGGAGAAAUGAUAUUACGGUCUACUGUAAGAUGUAGAGUUACCAUUAGAGCCCUAGGUUGUAAUUUCUGCACGGAUUCGAUAUUAAUCCUUAUUACUUACUCCCCAGUCAGUAAAA